AUGGAGCCCUGGAUGCUCCUGCUGGGGGCAGGAAUCGCCCUGGGCUGCGUGUCCGGCCAUCUGUACACAGCCCCCGACUCGUGCGAGGGACGCUGCGGGGAGCCCUUCAAUGAGGAGGACGAGUGUCACUGUCACCCCGAGUGCCGCGCAGAGCACAACUGCUGCGAGGACCACGAGAGGCACUGCGGGCCCGGUGGGGAAGGCGCCGAGGGUGGAGCUCGAAGCCGCGACGGAUUCUCGAGCAGCAGCGCUUCCAUCUCGGAGCAGGAGCUGCUGGAGCUCUCGGAGCAGCUCUACGGGCUGGACCACAACAAAGCCCGGCCCAGCGACAUCGCCCUAAACCCGCAGCACCUGGCGGGCCCCGAUGAGACCGGCGACAAGCAGGACCGGUCCCCGCAGCCGCUCUACAAAUACGUGAACGAGGCGCUUUUCUCCAAGCCCACCUACGCCAGCUUCAUUAAGCUGCUGGAUAAUUACCAGAGGGCCACGGGCAGGGAGGAGGAGGUGACGGCCGAGGAGCUGCGGGAGCAGGAGCGGUUCCUCCAGGAGGUGAUGGAAACGGAGCUGAUGAAGAAACUCUUCGUGUUCCUGCAGGGGAAAAAUCGCUACAGCUCCGAGCAGGAGUUCCUGCAGGACCUGAACCAGAUGUGGUUCGGUCUGUACUCCCGAGGGGAUGGGGAGCGGGAUUCCAGCGGCUUUGAGCACGUGUUCUCAGGGGAGGUGAAAAAGGGAAAAGUGUCCGGAUUCCACAACUGGAUCCGCUUCUACCUCCUGGAAAAGCAGGGCGUCCUCAACUACUUCAGCCACAACUUCGACGGGCCGUGGGACACGUACCCCGACGUGCUGGGGCUCCAGUUCAGCUGGGACGGCUUCUACAAGGAGGUGGGCUCGGCCUUCAUCGGCUGCAGCCCCGAGUUCGAGUUCGGCCUCUACACCCUCUGCUUCCUCGCGCGGCCCGGCCGGGCGUGCCACCUGAGCCUGGGCGGGCACCGCCUCAGCGUGCAGACCUACCCCUGGACCAAGACCACCUACGAUGGCGGCCGGAGAUUCAUCGCCACCGCCUACGUGAUGUCACCCUGA